AUGAACUCCUCCAGGUCUCCAUGCAGCAGAAGAGUCAACAACAACAACAAUGAUGAUGAUGAUGAUGAACAGAUCAAUGAUGAACAGGACAGCCACAUCCUGGUAGCACCACCACCACCACCACCAUCAACGCAAGCGUCCAAUCACAAUAAUAAUAAAAGGUUGGACUUUGACACUGAUGAUGGUGGGAAAAGUGACGGUGAAUAUAGCUGUCCCCCAGAAAAACGUCUACGGAUGUCAGCUCCUCUGUCAUCCAAUAUGACUGCCCUGGGUGCUUGUACUGAUCUUUACUUGGACUGCGAUAGAGAUUCUAGACUGCACAGUGGUGAACCAGGUGGACAGACUGCACAUGAAUUUGAAAUUAUUGAUGACAUUGAGCUAGAUGAUGAUGAUGAUGGCCAAUGCAUUGAACUUGGGGCAACCAGCUGCAUCUCAAAUGGUCAUGAAUCCCUUGACCUUUCUAGUGAGGAUGAUGAUGAGGAAUAUUUUGAUGACAAUGAACUGUAUGCACUAUUGGAAGAAGGUGUUGGUUCCCGCAAGUCUGGUUCAGAUGGAGAGAGCAAGGAAGAUGGAUCUCAGGGGCCAAUUGAAGUACAGAAAAUUGUUUUAAAAGAGCGGGGUCAUGAUCCUUUUGACAUUUUACCUGAAGGCUGGAUUAUUGUUACACAUAACAGUGGUAUGCCUGUGUAUUUGCACAAAGAAACUAGAGUGUGUACCUUGUCUAAGCCAUAUUUCUUGGGACCUGGCAGUGCUAGAAAACAUGACAUUCCAGUAAGUGCAAUUCCUUGUUUGCAUUAUACACGAGAAUUGGACAAAGAGCAACGUGAGGAGAAGGAAGACAGUGAUGAUGCACCAGAACAUAUAAAUCAUUCAGACAACCACUCUAAUGAUAGUCUAACAAAUUCAGGGGCUGAUGAUAUUGAUCCACCGGAGCAACUAAAUGACUACGCUCAUUCUGCUGUUACCGAGAAAGGAAAUAUCAGUGAAGUAAAUCAGAAGGAGAAUUCCCCAGACGCUGAUGAAAAUUCUGCAGACCAGUCAAGCAAUCAGGACAGUUCUUCAAAAACACCUGCUGUGAAAAUAGAAUGUGCUGAAGAGAGAAAGAAAGAAAAUUCUUUGGACCCAUUAGAGCUGAGAAAAUAUUGUGAAAGGCUGUUUGAAUUUAAAAUGAUUACAGUGAAGAAAUUCAAAACAUGGAAGGAAAGGCGGCGUCAUAUGAGUUUAAUGAAAAAGCAGUCACGACCAGCAUUACCAUCAAAUACUAAGCUCAUCACAUGUCCUGUACCCUCAGGCAAGGGAGAUGAUAAAGUUAACCGUAGGAGAGAGUUUGUAUUAAAUCCUAGUGGCAAAUCAUAUGUAUGCAUCCUCCAUGAAUACGUCCAGCAUACAAUGCGAGUGCAACCACGUUAUAUAUUUAGGGAAGUUGAGAAUGCUCAGACACCAUACAGUGCUACAAUUGUGAUAAAUGAUGUUGAAUAUGGUACAGGGUUUGCUGGGAGCAAGAAAGCAGCCAAAAUGGAAGCUGCCAAAGCCACGUUGAAAGUGUUGAUACCUGAGAUGAAUAAAAUGACUGAAGAUAAUAAAAAUUAUGAAUCUGAGGAUCUUUCAUUUUUUGAUGAGAUCAAAAUUGAAGAUCCACGUGUGUAUGAAUUGUGUAACAAGGCAGGGCAGCCAACACCUUACCAAAUAUUGUUAGAAUGUCUGCGUAGGAAUUAUGGAAUGGGAGAUACACAGUGUCAGAUGGAUAUGAAGACUCUGAAACAUCAGAAGAGUGAAUUUACAAUGACUGUAGGAAAACAUAAGGCUUCGGUUGUGUGUAAAAACAAACGAGAAGGUAAACAGCAAGCAGCACAGGCUAUUUUACAACGUCUCCACCCACAUAUCACUAGUUGGGGUUCAUUGUUGCGACUCUAUGGGAGAAUUUCCUUCAAGAUUAUAAGAGAAAAAAAGGAAGAGGAGCAGAGCAUAACUGAAUUACAGUCUCAAGCCAAGUCCAACAAACCCAACACUGCUGUUCUUGAAAAACUAAGAGAAGAAAUGCGCAAAAUAAAAUUACAAAGAGAAUCUAUCAAGUCAAGAGGCAAGCUACGACUAGAAUCAGCCGUCCCUAUAGGAAAUGUUUCCGGUCUUGACCUCUAG